GAUUAGAGAAAACUAAAAAAUGUAAAAUACAGAAAUAUCCAUGUACCGUAUCUGAAACAAAUAACUAGCUAACUAAUCCCAUACCCGACAUGGGCUUGUAACCAGACCAGAGGUAGUGAAUCACCAUAUAAUUAAGUUGUCUAUCCGGCUUUCCUCUCCCUCUGGAUAAAUAUGGUAAUCCUAUCCUAUAAUAUUUUUAUAUCAUGGGUGUAAAUGCCUGUAGUUUAGCUUUGGAAUAAAUGUAAGAUUUUCCAUAUCGUAGGAUAGCUUAUCUAUCCAGAGGAGAGGAAUGCUGAACUUUGAUAUUUUAAUGCAUUGUGUAAUAUAUUUUUUCUUUAUUUUAGACCUAAUCAUUCUGUCAUAUGGUAUACCAUGUCAAAUAUCUAGUCCGGCAAAGUUCUCCGAUUCCAAGAAUAACCCCCAUAUUUAAAGACAAUAUUUAGAAAAGUGAAUACAAGCCCCUCUUUUACGAGGUCUGAUGUCUCGAUAUAACCACAAAACGACACUUCAGGAUAAACUAAAAGAAACGCAAUCUUAAAGUAUCACUAUUGGAUCCCUCAGAAAAAAUAAUACAAUUCAUUUUGAGAGUUUUAGCAAAAAAAUGUCAGCCAGGGAGAAUUUUAGUCAUAUGACAGCGACUGCACGCCGCGAUUGAUUUAUAUUAUUAUUGCGCCAAGCAUGACGCUCCACAAAUAGGAUGUUUGUUUUAUUGAAAAAAAAUGUAGGGAAUUCUUGGAAUCCGAGAACUGAGCUUCUUACAUUGUUAGAGUAAACUAUAUAUUUAAGCUGGCGCAACCAUAGGAUGUUGGUCACACUAAAUUACUGGUUUAGUAUUCCUUGAAUUUUUUUGAUUGAUCACCCGUCAUUUGAUCAUCAUUAGCUGUAUUGCAAUUUCCAAGUUCACUUUUCAUAUUUCAUAUGUAUUUUUUUUACAGUGAAACAUUAAACUGGUAACAUAAUGAAAUUUACUGAUCAAUAGCUUCUGAAUGAUUACUUUGGAAUUGAUAUACUUAAAACAUUAAUGCAAUGAGUUGUUUUGGUGGUCUUCUCAAUGAAUACAAAUACCUGUCCAUUGAUCGUUUUGAUGGAGAAAAUUUAUCUUCAUGGGCAUAUUUUCUCUCUCAUUGCCACACUGAUCACAUGGUUGGUUUAGGAGAUGAAAGCUUUCAUGAGCACUUGAAAUCGAAUGAAAGUGUGUUUCUCUAUUGCUCUGAAGUUUCAAGGGCCUUAUUGCUUGCAGAUGACCGAUACUAUCAUCUUGCCAAUAAUAUAAUAGCACUUCCGAUUAAUUAUCCAAAGGUUAUCGAUAUUAAAAUCAAUGGAAAUGACUUGAAGUCAAUCACAAUUACACUUCUUCCAGCUUCUCAUUGUCCUGGAUCAGUAAUGUUUUUGUUUGAAGGGGAAGAAGGUAAUGUUUUAUACACAGGAGAUUUUCGAUUUUCAAAAGGUUCAGGUCAUAGAAUGAAAUGUCUUCAUACAUCAAAUGGGACAAAAAAGCAUAUCAAAAGCAUGUAUGCUGAUACAACUUUUUGUAUACCAGAUGCUAUUUUUAUACCAAGCAGGGAAGACUGUUUAAAAAGAUUAGAACUUGUUGUAGCAGAAUGGCUGACAAAGGAUGACUUGCAUGCUGUACGACUAAACAUUAGUGCAAAAUAUGGAUAUGAAUAUUUAUUCCAUGCACUUCAUAAUAAAUUCAAAACAAAAAUUUAUUGCAAACGGAAGAAUCUUUACCAGUGCUUGCCAGAAACUCAUAAAAUAUUGACGGAUAACCCGGAACAUGCAAAAAUUUUUGCUUGCUUCAAAAAAGAGCGAAUCAACAAACCUCAGCAGUGGAACAUGAAAGAAGCAGAUGAAGAAGAUCUAGAGAAGAAAACUCGUAAAAAAUUCCUCACAUUGACGCUGAGUACAUUGUAUUUUACAUAUUCCGCUAAACCUCAUGAAGUUUGUCAUCAAGUUGGGAAAAAUCAUUUUCGGUUUUGCUUCUCAUUUCAUUCAUCGAAUAGUGAGGUUUGUGAUUUUGUCAAGUAUGUCAAUCCUGAUAAUAUAUAUGCAAAUGUAAUACCGCGUGGUGGAAUGACAUUGAAAGAAGUUGAAGAUGAACUUUCUGCUAACUGUUUGAUGAAUGUAAAAGACAAAAUUUCGUUUAAAUCCUUUGGAAAUUUGAAGAAAUCAGAAUUCACGAUGAAUAAGUUAUCCACAAGUAGCCAAAUCAAACCAAGAAAAAGAGCAUUGUCUUUGAGUAGCACAGAUGAUGAUUCCCAGGAGCUAUGGAAAGAAUUUGCUAAAAAUUAUUCAAAGAAAAUAACAACAGAAUCGAAUAACGAAGAACAAUCAUAUAGUGAUGCACAAAUUAAUAAUAAUGAUGAUUUUAAUAUUAGUUGUUCGCCUGAAGGCAAAGUUCCAUUGAGUAAUGAAAUUGAUGAUCUACACCUUAAAAUUGCACUUAAUAGCGGUCUACCUCCUUGAUGAUGAUUUGAUUUGGAUGAAAUAUUCCUCUAAAUAAAUAGUACCUUUAUAAUGAAUUUUUUUUUUUUGAAUCUGUUUGAAAAAAUAUUUCCUGGACAUUUUGUGCAAAUACGAUACCAGUUUGUUUUUUCCCGUGAGUGGAAAACAGACAAUAUACUUUAUUGGUACAUCUAGAUUUCAUUAAAUUUUGAAGUUGACAUGAAUUGAUAAAAUAAAUUGAUGCA